GGCGGCGCGGGGGAGUUGUCACCCGUGCCGGUGGUGGCAGCGCGCGAGGCGGGCGGGCUGGGCGCUCCCUGCCGCCGAGGGCCGCCAUGGCGGGGGCGCUGGGCCGAAAGGCAGUGGACUAUGUGCGCAGCAAGGAGUUCAGGGACUACCUGAUGAGUACGCACUUUUGGGGACCAGUUGCCAACUGGGGACUUCCUGUUGCUGCUAUUAAUGACAUGAAGAAAUCGCCAGAAAUCAUUAGUGGCCGAAUGACAUUUGCACUGUGUUGUUACUCCUUGACUUUCAUGAGAUUUGCCUACAAAGUGCAGCCAAGGAACUGGCUUCUUUUUGCAUGCCACUUGACUAAUGAAGUUGCACAACUUAUUCAAGGAGGACGACUGAUCAAAUACAGGAUGGAGAAAAAGAACUAAACAUCUAACUUGAAAUAAGCCAAGGAAUGUGUUCAACCUGAAUUACAACCAAGGAAGACUUGCCAUCUACAGCUGCUGUGACAAUUACAACGUGGGGAUAAAACAGAAAAACUUACUAUGAAUAUGACCCCACAAAGAAUCCUUCUACUAAUUUUUUUUUAUCUUGCCUUUUAAAAAGUACUAUUCGGCAAUGUAAACCAUUGCAUUUAAAGUCUUGCAGCCUUACAGGUCCAUAAUAACUACCCUUUUAAUAAAGAGUUAGUCAUCCAAAUAACAAGCAAUAUUUGAAAACCAACUUUUUUAUCUAACAGUCUACAAAAGUGGCCCAUGAUGGUUUGACAAAACUUGUUCCUCAAAUCACUAUGAACAGAGGUCAGUGAACAGAACUGUAGGUGGUAUCAUUGUUCUGUGUAUUAACAUACUCUUAAAAGCCAUUUAACUUGGGUGCAUUCAUUCCUGUUCUAUUUUUAACUUAAGCAGUGGCUUGCUAUUCUACAAGAACAAAUGUGUAGAUAGGCAGCCUGGAAGUAACCAGCUAUUCCUCUUCCCUUACUGCAUGCCUUGUCUCAGUAAAGAGACUUCAUUAGCAUACACUUUUAUGUCGCACAUUAUUUAAAGAAGACUUGGAAAAGCAAAAGCAUAGCACUGAAUGAAGGAAGGCGAUGAAGUCUAAUACUCUUCUUUAAGAAGUUCUAAAUGGCUUUUAUUUUUUUCCAACUGUUUGAGUUGCUCUAGAUGUAUGUAAUCCUUAUACAGGCAAAAACUUGUCUGGAGUCUAAGAUCUGAAGGACACAAGGUGCCUUUCAGUAGUUUUUGACUUCAUUGGGAGAGUGUUUUCCUGCAUGACCUGCCUGAAAGUUACGUUGCUGUAAAGAUAGAGAUGACAAAGAAUGUAUGUGAUGGGUUUUAUUUCAGUGCAGUGGUUUUGAACAAUAAACAUGUUGCAAAUGGCAAUAAAUCCCUUCAACAUUUUUGAAAA